AUGCCUCCUGUAACCACCCAUGAACAAACCAAUGCUAGUGAGGAGGAGCCCAUUGAUGCCAUUCCUUUGAGGCAUGUCCCUUUCGCUAGAACCAGACCUCAACCCUCCACUCAAACCCAAGCACAAGCCACUGUGAUUGUGAAAUCUGAACCACAACCUUUUCCACAAUACCAAUUCGGCCCCAGAAUGACCAAAAGCAGAGCCAAGGGUCUGAUCAAUUUCAAACCAGUGAAGCAACCAAAGGGGACUGUGUUCAAUGUAUCUGAUGAUAGUGAUUCACUACCUGAGAGUCCUGUUGCUAAAACCAGUACAUCCAGACCAGCACAAGCAGAUCAUGCUUCCUUGAACACAUUGGCAGAUGCAGCAACUGAAAUGAACACUCAGAGUAUACCACCAAGCAUUACAGAAAGACUCCAAACAGCUAGUGUGGGUUUUAUGUUGAGGAAAUCUGUGGAUGAGGCCAUCGCUACCUCUAAUGAGGUAUUGGGCCUAAGAUCAGCUUCUUGUGCACCCACCAUAUCCAUGAUCCACUCUCAGCCUUCCAUGGCUGCUCAAACACCAAAAAAGGGAAGUUCAUCCCUCAAGCAUUGUGUUAGUGCUGCUUUGGCAGCCAUGGAUAGAAUGAUAAAGAGAGAACCAGAGUGUGAUCCAGCCCCUGCCCAACCACCUGUUACCACCACCUAUACACCCACCUUCACUAGAAACAUACCCUUUGAGAUCAACUUCAUGAACUCACCAUGCUUCACCUCUGUUUCGGUUCCAUCAUCUACUAUAGAACCUACACUAUUCAACCAUGCAUCCACAUCCAAAACACCACCUGUUGAGACAACCCCUGUUGAAACAAUUCACAAACCAACCCAUGUCCAAGCAAUGCCUAAAACAGGCCUUGUUGAACCAAUACAGAAACCCACUCCUGUUGAAACCACCACCACCAGCCCUCUACCCUCACCAAACCAGCCCACAACCACACCUUCCACACCCACUGAACCUAUCCCUUUGCCACAAACUGUAUCCAUCCAAGAACUAGACUUUGUCUUAGGCCUAUCACCCACUAAUCCAAGCCUUACACCCUUUGAACACAAUGAAGACCCCUCUGACCCUCAAAACACACCUGUCACUCAAACACCACCACCAUCACCCCAUUCCACUCAACCAUUCAUGCCUAGCCCAAACCAACCCACUAGCCCUUUACACUCUGGGACUCAUGACUACUAUGAGGGUGCACAUUCUGCCCACCAUAGUCCUGUGCAUAGCAGCCCACAUAUGGGGCAAGAAAGAGAGGAGGUUGAUACAGGGGCUAGUUUGAGAAAGAAAGUGCCAAGGAGGAAGAGAAUGACCAGAAUGGAAACCAGAAGUUCAAAGAGGAGAAGAGAGGACAGUGAGAGAUUAGAGACUGAGAAAAGGGCACCAAGAAGAAGAAGAAGGACAUAG